AUCAAAGGCCUCGUCUAUGGUCGCCGCACCUGGUCGUACCCACAGACAUUCAAAUUCCACUAGGAGCUUGAGCUUGCCCAGCGUUUGUCACGCCGAUGGAGCAGCAACGAGAGAUAGAGCAAUCCUCCAUCUUAAAGCAACUCUCUGAUCGGGCAUCCGGAUACAGUAUCAAUCUCAACGGUCGAAUCAAUCGCAAUUUGGGAAGGAAUCCUCUGCGCGGUGGUACCGCCAUUGUAUACCACGGUACUUUGAUUCCGAACGGUACUGAAGUGGCAAUCAAAACCUUCCAUGGCACAUUGUCAGGGAGCGAGGCUGAAUUGAAGCGUAUCUUUCGAGAGGUGCACGUAUGGUCGAAGUUGCGUCACGAGAACGUCGUUCGCAUGCUCGGGAUCUCUACAGAUUUUGAUUUCACAGUUUCGAUAGUACACGAAUGGAUGUCAUUGGGCAACGCGUACACUUAUGUGCAAACUACAGAGAAUGACUUCUCGAAGACAUCGCAAGCGGACUACAUUAUCUUCACAGUCAUGCGUUAGGUCCAGUAAUUCACGGAGACCUGAAAGGCCCGAAUGUGCUGGUGUCCACUGAUCGCCGGGCGUCACUGAGCGACUUCGGUCUUUCCACCCUAAACUUAUCUACUUUCAGCAUGACCAUCGAUACCAUCCGCGGAGGUUCGUGCCAUUGGAUGGCUCCUGAACUUCUAGAUGACUGCUCUGCGUCAAUGGCAAGUGACGUGUGGGCAUUUGGGAUGACGACUCUGGUAGCCCUCUUGGUUUGUUCCUUCA